AUGGACAAGCUCACCGGCUCCGUGCGCGUGUUCGCGCGCGCGAAGCCGGAGGACAAGCUGGAGAUUGUGAAGAGCAUUCAGCGACAAGGACAGGUGGCUGCUAUGACAGGCGAUGGUGUCAAUGAUGCUCCUGCCCUCAACCAAGCAGACAUCGGGGUGGCGAUGGGAAUCCAAGGGACCGAAGUUGCGAAGGGCGCCUCUGACAUGAUUCUGACAGAUGAUAACUUCUGCUCGAUCGUUGCUGCUGUCGAGAAGGGCCGAGCCAUCUAUGCGGGCAUCCAGAAGUUCGUAGCCUUCAUCAUGUCUGUCCACAUCGCUGAGGUGAUGCAGAUCUUCAUCUGCAUUGUGGUGGGAAUUCCCGUGAUGCGGACGCCGCUGCAGAUCCUGUUCCUGAUCCUGGUCACCGACCUGCCCCCUUCCAUCGCCCUGGGUGUCGAGCCAGGUGAGGCCAACAUCCUGAAGAUGCGCCCGCGGCCGAAGGAUGAACCGAUCGUGCUGGCCUGGAUGUGGCUGGCCAUGGUCAUGAACGGCAUGGUUCUCACGACCGUCAUCGUCGCCGUCUACCUGAUCUCACUGAUGAACUUCUGCGAGGGCGAGAUCCUCCAAGCAAACAUUUACUUGCUGGAAGGCUAUGAGACCAAGCUGAGCCUGGCCCAGACCGUUGCCUUCAUCUCCUUGGUCUGGUCAGAGAACAUCCGCGCGUACAUCUCCCGUUCCUUCACCAACCCGAUGUGGCAUGACAUCUUCGGCAACAAGGAGAUGCAGAAAGCAAUUGUGCUUGCCCAGAUCUGUCUCUACGGGGCCGUGUUGAUCCCUUACCUCUCUGACAAGAUCCUCGGCCUCCGAGGUUUGGAGAUCGGAGUCUUCGGCUGGGCUUUGGCACUCGUUGGCCCGGUGGGUUGCUUUAUCCUCUCUGAAUCCUGCAAGAUCAUCAGCCAGGGCCACAGCAUCAGCAAAGCCAGUCGCAUGAGAUGA